AUGUCUACUCUGUCUCUUUCGGGCAUGAUUCUAGGAGCGGACACAGAGGAUGUGGACCUUAUUUUUCGAAAUAUCAACCCAAGCAAGCUGCACACGUCUCGAGAAUCCAUUGCUGAAUUCCACAGCAAGUCCACUUUGCCAACGUGCGGAGUAUGCAUUCGUAGCCCAGAUGAUUGUACGCGCGACCCCAAAGGAUCCUACCGAUGUAAACGUUGCGUUAUACGCAAAGAAGAAUGUAGCUGGAAAGGAGAGAUAGCGGUUUUGGAGCUGAUACGCAUGUUUCCACGCCUUACACCCACCAUUGCUAGGGACGCUUAUAACAGGUGGCACGAUAGCUCACGCCGGAAGCGACAAAGACCAAUCGAGGAUGAAUACUCGCCGGAACCCUCAAAAAAGAGAAAAAGAACUCGGGCGCCCUACCGUACUUGGACACAUGGCGUCUUAAUACCUGCCUCCCCGUCCGAAUCCCCUGCCCCGAGCACCGAUCCGGAAAAAAUCAAAAUUACCAGUCUUGAAGAUUUAAAGGCUUUCAACUACUCCACAUUGAAAAAGGAGAAAGAAAGAGCGGAAGAUGCGCGCGAGCAAAUGGCGAAAAGUCUAGAAGCUGCACUGCACAAAAUAGAUGCACUGGAGCUAGAAAUCGAGCGUCUUAAAACGCAAGCAAUGCUCCAGCCUGACCAUGCAUUGGGUCCGGUGAUACUCACGCCGUAA